AUGACCCUCCCAUCACCCAUUGCAAACAAAUCACUGAAAAAGAUGAGUCGAUUGGUGUCUGUCUCAAAAUUGAUUGCGCCAACAAACUCGAUAUCUUCCAUUCACGUCACUCCACUUGAAAAAGUUGAUUCCCCACACUCCACCGACAGUUUCGAAUCACCCACAAAAGACUCAAAAUCUAUUCACCAAAAGAACUUCGAAAGUUCGCAUAAAACGACUUCACCAGAGCACAAGAGUCAAACUGAAAAGACAAAUGUCUCUGUUUUGAAAAGUACUGUAUUGCUCAGUGAAGAGACUGUCCCUUUAGAGAAAGAGGUGCAUUCAGACAAUGAAGUGUUGGAAAGACAACGAAAAAGUCUAAGGUCGUGUUUUAAUGUGUUCGGUGGGAAGGAAGAGUUUAUGUCUAAGGAACAGUUUGAGAGAAAAAGGAAGAAAGAAAUUGAGGAGCUCAAAUUGUUUGCUAAGAGGAGAUUUAAAUGA